CAUCCCUGCUGGAACUAACCAUACCAAACGAACAAUUGAGCGCCGAGCAGACCGAGGUUAUAUAUAAGAGUCGAAACUGUUUGAAGCGUCAGUCAGCUGGGGCGAGAAGGUGGUGCUGCUAAAAGAACAUUUGAAGACUUGACAACAGGCAGCAAUGGUGCAUCGAAAGCCUAUUAGUACUGGUGGUAGAAACUCUGUCUACACCCACACUCGAAGAGGCAUGGCCAUGGGAGGCCAGCCGUCCAGCUCCCCUCAUCUGCCCCUCAGCCACUCAAGCCCAGUGCGUCAACCCAGUAAACCACUUCGCAAAGUCCAGUGGGGAAGCGGAGGACACCACGGCCACUUUGAUGAAAGCAAUGACAGAUCAUCACCCUACUUCUGCUAUUCAAGGGAUACAAAGAGUGCACCAUUGAGCGAUAACUUCGGUAAUCCUAAUAGGAGCCCAGUCGGCAUGAAUUUUGACAGUGAUGGUGGGAGCAUCCUAAGCAGCCCAAACAGUGCUUACAGCAAGUGCAGCAACGGUGGCAAUAGCAAGAAGCCUGUUGGGCGGCCAUCUAACCCUCUACGUUACAAAACUGAACUCUGUAGAAGCUACGAAGAAAAUGGAGAAUGUCGAUUUGGGUCAUCCUGCACUUUUGCACAUGGAGAACGUGAGCGGCGGCGUGUCCUCCGUCACCCAAGAUACAAAACUGACCUCUGUCGAACCUACCAUGGUGCAGGCUACUGCCAGUAUGGUGCUCGCUGCCAUUUUAUUCAUGAUCCAGAAGAAGCUGCUGGGUUUGCUGGCAUGACAGGACACAGACUUCGCACCUGUCUAGAUGGAACUGACAUGACAGUGUUGGCUAACUUGCAACGUUUGUAUUUUUAUAAAUUAGUGGAGGAAAAUUUUGGGAUUUUGAAUACUUCAGGAUAUGGCAAUGAUCAGUUGAACUCUAUUGAAACAUCUCUAGAGUCAAACUCAGCAUCUUUGGAUAUGUUGAACAUUGGUCCAGAUAACUUCUCAGGCAUGACAUCAAAAUCACAACCCUUGGAGAAUGUUUGUGUGACUCCACUAAACCUACCAGAUUCCAUUUUGGCUAAUACAAAGUCCCCAGGGAGAGGAAACAAUCAGAUAUGGAGGCACCCACAUUUUGAUGGUAAUUGGUGGGACAGGGAACUUGAAUACUGUGCACAGUCUUCAGAAUCUGACUUGAAUACUAUGAAUUUUUCCUCUGCUCCUAGAUCAGUUACUUGGAACCCUUAUGAAGUAUCCAAUGGGAAAAAAUCUGUAAUUGGAAAUCCAAUGGAAGUAUCUCGUAGUCUGCUCAUACCAACCGUUUCAGAACUGAUUCAUAUGCCUUGAGCACAUGUAUACUAUUAUCCAAAGCUGUAUCUGAAUUUAAAUUUAAAUAGUAUAACUUGACCUGUGGAGAUGGUGUUUUUAAGGAAAUUCAGUAAGGUUAUGGAUAUAUUUAAUGAUAGAAUUUUAAGUUCAUGUCAGUGGAAUUUAUUAUGGUUUCUUUUUAAUGAUUUUAAAUCAAAUGUUUAAUUUUGAGUAUAUAAUUAAAUCAGAAUAAUUAUUAUAAUUUGUGACAAGCUCUUAAUGAGUGAGUUAAAAAAAUGCAGAGGAAUGACCAAAUGAAAGCUCAAUAAUUUUAUUGCCGGUUAUUGCUUACAACAUUAUGAGUUGCCAAAUAGUUUAAAUUUUAUUGAUUAGGUUAAGGAAAAAUAAAUCUUGUAUCUUUUGCAUCGUGCAUGAUACAGCAAUUAUAUCUUAAAUAAUGUCGACGGCCUUUGUUAUGACACAGAAUGCCCUUUAUGUUAAGAGGAACUGUUCAUAUUGGCACUAUUUUAUGAUUUCUUAUUUUUGUAUAUGUUUUGUGCUCUAUGAAAAUAAUGAAUCUUUUUAGUUAAACAAGGAGGGUAAUGAUUAUAGUAAUGAAACUUCAUGCCAGCCAGCCUUAUUAUGAUGUGCUUUACUUUAUUUAAUUUUUUUGCUAUAUAAUGAAGUUUCUUCAGUAUUGUAAUAAAAAAAUACCCAAGAAAUUUUAAUAGAGAAUAUUUGUGAGAAGUGUUAAUAUAUUGCAGUUGUAUAACGAACCCGUGAAACAGAUAAACAGUGUACGGUGGAAUGUUUAAAAAUUGUUCUUAUUUGUUAAAAUUGUAUCUAACUAAAACAUUUUAUUUCAACUUACUUGGAUACAAGUUUUACAUUUUAGUUCAAUGAAAGAUUCUACCCCUUUAAUAAAAUUAGACAUAAGU